AUGUUUGGCCCUGCAAAGGGUGGCCAUUUUGGAGUCCACCCGGCGGCUGGUAGCCCCGGCGGCGUUUGCCAACCCGCUGCCGGGACCAAAGCUGGCCCCACGGGUGUCUGGCCUGCGGGCAGCCGGACCGACACGAUGUGGCGGCUCCGCUGCAAGGCCAAGGACGGCACCCAUGUUUUGCAGGGGUUGUCCAGCCGGACCCGAGUGCGGGAACUCCAGGGCCAAAUUGCCGCCAUCACCGGCAUCGCCCCCGGCUGUCAGCGAAUCCUCGUAGGAUACCCGCCCGAAUGCCUGGAUCUCAGCAACGAGGAUACCAUUCUUGGGGAUUUGCCCAUCCAGUCAGGCGACAUGCUGAUCGUUGAAGAAGACCAAACCAGGCCCAAAACUUCACCUGCAUUUACAAAACAUGGUGCUCCUAGUUAUGUCAGGGAAACUUUGCCCGUGCUUAGCAGAACUGUGGUCCCGGCAGACAACUCUUGCCUCUUUACCAGUGUAUACUAUGUUGUAGAAGGAGGAGUCUUGAAUCCAGCUUGCGCCCCAGAGAUGAGACGCCUCAUAGCACAAAUUGUAGCAAGUGAUCCAGACUUCUAUAGUGAGGCAAUACUGGGAAAAACAAAUCAAGAGUACUGUGACUGGAUCAAAAGGGAUGACACUUGGGGAGGAGCUAUCGAGAUAUCAAUUUUGUCCAAAUUUUACCAGUGCGAAAUCUGUGUGGUGGAUACACAGACAGUAAGAAUUGAUCGUUUUGGAGAAGAUGCAGGAUAUACCAAAAGGGUCCUGCUUAUUUACGAUGGCAUCCACUAUGACCCGCUUCAGCGUGUCUUCCCUGACCCAGACACCCCGCCUCUGACCAUUUUCUCCUCUAACGAUGAUAUUGUUCUUGUACAAGCACUGGAAUUAGCAGACGAAGCUAGAAGAAAGAGACAGUUCACUGACGUAAACCGCUUCACCCUGAGAUGCAUGGUGUGUCAGAAGGGAUUAGUCGGACAAGCAGAAGCAAGGGACCACGCCAAGGAGACAGGCCAUACCAACUUUGGAGAAGUGUGAUCUAUGCAUGAUGAGGACUGCCGCCUACUACCUCACAGAUCCAGAAGGCUCUGGGUUUUCCAAUAAGCUAUUCGUACCCCUAAAGAACAAAGGAACACAGUGUUCGAACCAUCUUUUUUAACUUAAAACCACUAAGACCCUGAAAUUCCUUGUCAAGAUUAAAAAUGAGUGUGCAAGUUUACAGAUGUGUGUCUCCAGUGGUGAUACAUGCCCUUUUUCUGCUGGGGUGACAGACCAGGUGGUCCUUGCCACUUACUGACACUCACUGGAAGAUUGAGUCCUAGUAUUAUAAGCUAGCACCCAGCAGCUUUAACUUGUAGAAGAAAACAACUGCGUAUGUUGGGUAAUGCGGAAGGCCUCACAUGAGGCCACUGGACAUCGACCACAGUGUCUCCAUAAUUGAGUCCUUUUAAAAACUCUGGAGUAAUAAUUUUCUAAAUUGUGCAUCGAUUCCUCAAAUGAAGAUACACAGAGUUGUCAAAACUGAUUUUAUAUUGCAAUUUGGUAGACUUUAUAAAUGUGUACUUAACCAGUUAUAAGUACAUUACAAGCAAUUUUUACAGGGAUGAGUCUGUUCCUUGAGAAUGUUACCUAAGGAACUGGUAGUACCCAAUUUAGGAUUUCUAGUGUAU